AUGAAGACCAUCCUCAUGCUCCUAUUGGCUUUCGUCUUAUCUACAGCGGCCUCUGAGAGAAGACGUAACAUUCAGCUUGCCAAGCGGGACACUUUGGUACGUUCCAAAAGAAGGUGGGUUCUGACCACAAUUGAAUUAGUUGAGGAAGACCCAGGACCGUACCCCAAAUACAUAUCUCAGAUAUUUAAUGAUAAGACGCAUCAACACAAUAAUCACAAUUAUGUGAUGAGAGGAAUGGGCGUGGAUGAAGAGCCACUGGGCGUUUUCUCUCUUGACCAACGAAGCGGAAAGGUCUACGCCCAUCGAGCCAUCGACAGAGAGAAGCACAGCUUCUUCCACAUCAAGUUUGACAUUUUGGACAUACAAACGGGCAGAGCAAUAGACAAAGAAUUAGCAUUUGAUGUGGACAUAAAAGACAUCAACGACAACGCACCAAAAUUUCGCCAUCCGCAAAUGAGCGCUGAUGUCAUGGAGAACACAUUAGAGGGCUAUUUACCAGUUAGGAUUGAGGUCAGUGACCAUGAUCAAGAGAACACCCCAAAUUCAACAGUGACCCUGAGCGUGAUAUCCCAAUCCCCACAAGUUCCUAAAUUCGAACUACACCAGAUUGAUUCCCGAAUGGCUCAGCUUACUUUUGAAGGGUGUUUUGACUACAAUAAAGUAAAGAAGUAUGAAGUAAUUCUUCAAGCAAAAGAUGAUGGAAAACCCUCCCUGUCAUCCACAGCUGUUGUCACUCUCAAUAUUAUUGACGCCAACAGUCAUCCACCAAUGUUCAAAGCGAGGAAGUAUCAUGGUGAAAUUCCAGAAAUGGUGACAAGGGAAAAUGUUUUAAGACUUGUCGUAGAGGACAAAGAUACUCCAAAAACUCCAGGCUGGCGGGCCAAAUAUUUCAUCAUCAAAGGAAAUGAGGAAAACAACUACAAAAUUGAAACUGACCCUGACACCAAUGACGGCAUUCUGAGUGUCAUCAAGGGGAAAGACUUUGAGAAAUCAGCUACAGCAAACCUGCAAAUUGGGGUAGAGAAUGAGGAGCCCCUAUUUGUGUGCAAAGAUGGAGCACCUUUGAACAAAGACGUGCUCCUCCCGGAUUCAAUUAAUGUCACCAUGAAAGUGAUCGAUGUUAAUGAUCCACCUCAGUUUGAGAAAAAUCCGGUUGACAUCUACGAGAAAGAAGAGGAGGAGCCAGGGAAGUUGCUGUACACUACAAAGGUUGACGAUGUUGAUUCGGACAGAUCCAAAAUUAGGUUUGUCUUGCUAGAUGAUCCCGCUGAUUGGGUGACCAUUGACAGAAAAACAGGACAGAUCAGAACCACGAAGAAGAUGGACAGAGAGUCGCCCUUUGUUCAUGACGAUGUUUACAAAAUACUGAUUGCUGCACAAGAUGAUGGUGUGCCUCCGGCCACAAGCACAGGUACCAUCUUGGUGCACCUUCUGGAUAUCAAUGACAACAAGCCAAUGCUGAGCAAUAAUAGUGUCACACUGUGUGGAAACAAGGUCAUGCUUGAUGUAAAGGAUCUGGAUUCGCAUCCUUACAGUGGGCCCUUCACCGUCUCACUAAAGAGUGACGAUGCAACCCGAGUGCAGCGGUGGAAAGUGGACCCUUCCACCGGUGAGGAAGUUGGGCUAGUUAGUCUGAGGACCCUGGCCUAUGGCCAUUACUCAGUGCCCCUCGUGAUCGAAGACCAACAGGGCAUAACCGGAGAGGAUAUUGUUGUCGUAACUGUGUGCGACUGUGAAGGAGGAGGCGUGUGUCGCCAGAAACAUCCGCUCUCAACAAGUCUGGGACCAGCUGGCAUUGGACUUAUCUUCGCGUCGCUGCUCUUAUUUUUGUUAAUCUUAUUCAUCUUGAAAUGUGAGCAUGGAAAACAGUUUGAGCACUUCUCCGAUGUACAACAACAAGGUGAGGGUCACCAGACCUUAAUCCAGUACAACCAGGAAGGCGGUGGAGCAGAAUGCAAGGUGGUUCCACUGUUGCUGCUGACGCAUAACAAGAAUUUAGCUAUGAAUGUGAGAAGCGGACGAAAGCAGGGGACUAUGCAGAUAUCAAGUAUGACUCCUGCAAUGAUUGAAGACUUGGACUCUUAUAAGUCACGGAUGGUGAGUAACAAGCACUCUACAUUGUCCGCAAACAAAAACCUGCACCAGGGAGGCUCAUUGAAGUACCAGCGGCCAAGCAACUUGCUGUCCAACCACCUUUCAGAUCACCUCAACAGAAGGCUCCACACGAUUGACGGAAACUCUGUGAAUCACCCAGAAUACGCACCGCAUGAGUACGUCUACGAGGGAGAAGAAAGCAGAUGUCAGUCAUUGGAUGAACUGUCCUUCAGCAUCUGUGGAGAGGAUUUGGGGUUUUUGAAUGAUUUGGGGCCAAAGUUUAAGCCCUUUGGGAACAUCUGCAACCAGAUAAUGCAGGAAAAAGGCAUAUGCAUUUAAAAAAAAAAAAAAAAAAGGCAACAUUGGCCAGUUACUGCAUUCGUUCAAAGCAAUUAUGUCACCUUGGUCUAAUCUCAAAUCAUAUCUGGUGGUUAUUUAUAUGACAAGUAAUUUACAAAAAUAUGGUACAUAGUAAUCCAGGAUAGUCGCUACAUAAAGUUAUUGGGUUUGUUGGUUAAGGUUAUUUUCUUACACUUUGAGGCAAAAUGUGUUUAUUCAUUUAAAAAAAAA